AUGUACGGAAAUAUGCGUGAAAGAGAAGAAUAUUGUCGAAGUUUUCCACCGGGACAACCCACUCAGGCACCGACAGCACGAGCUCUAGGUCUUGAUGCUUUGCACAAUCUUUGUAAAGAGAUCUAUCCGGACCAAAGCAAUCCGCUCACUGUCACUGCAGUUGUAAAAUACUGGUUGGGAGGUCCGGAUCCUCUCGACUACAUAAGCAUGUACGAAAAUUCUGGCUGCCCGGAAUUGGGAAUACCACCACAUUGGCACUAUAUUAGUUUUGGUUUAUCAGAUCUGCAUGGAGAUGGGCGGAUACAUCCAAAAAGUGGUCCAGGUCGUCCAAGUGGCUUUGGAUUUGAGCUAACAUUUAGAUUAGUCAGGGAAAGGAACGAGAUGACUCCUCCCACUUGGCCAGCAAAUGUGAUGCAACAGUUAGCAAAAUAUGUUUUUAAUUCUGGUAACAUGUUGUUACCUGGAGACCAUGUUUCAUGGCAUGCACCUUUAGACAGUGGCAGUGGGCGCAUCACACAAAUUCUAAUGGGCAGGGAUCCACAGUUACCAGCAUCCAUAUCUACGCCACAUGGCGAUGUUUCAUUUGCUCAAAUUGUAGGAGUUACUUCUGAAGAGCUACAAGCUGCACAGCAUUGGAAUGGUUUAGGCCUUAUAAAUUUACUAAAGUCUAGUCGUGGUUGUGGACCAUGGUUGGUAACUGAGAUGAGAAGGAUGUACUCUAUUAUGGAAGAUGAUCCCUCUAUAGCAGAGAAAAUAGAAACUGGUAUAGAAAAGGAGGGUUCUAAUUUAAGUGGUGUAUCUGCAAAAUGUUGGUGGGUCCAAGUAAACAGUGAUAAAAGUACAGAGAAAUAUAGAGAGACAAAAAGCGAAUCAGACGAAGAAGAUGAAGAUAUAAAACCAAUUGUUAAGUCAGAAAGAUUGUCUCCUUGUGAGCAAGAUACAAAUGUACCAAACGAAAGUUUUAUCAAAGUUUUACCAGGUCUUCAUUUGACGUUUAAUCUUGAAGCCGGAUCUUUGUUACCAUUAGCAAUAAAGGGUCGUGUUAUGCACGGAAGGCAUUUCACGUUUAAAUCAAUAUUAUCUCAUACAGCAAUAACGAUAGUUGCUCCCUCAGUUACGGGCACUUUAGUGUCUAGGGAAAAACCAUAUGUAGUUCAGGGACCAUGGUUACAAGUUUUGCUUCCAGAAGACUUGAGUGAAAAGAUGGCUCAAGAGUUCCAAAUUCUAAAUUUGCCAAAUCAGAUUCAACUUCCAAAGACAUUUUCUUGGCCCGAACAUAAACUGGUUAUUACCGUUGUAAAUGACUGAGAAAACUAACUUACUGUACUGCUACAAAUGUCAUAAAACCGAAUUAGGAUAAAUUGACGUAAGCAAAGUAUUAUCUAAUUUCGUUACAGAAGCGAAUUUCGGCGAAAUUAUUUAUAAUCAAAUUGCGAUUAUCGAACAAAUGAUAGACCCAUGAGACUUUAUCUAUCAAUGUGUGAAAGAAGAGAUAUGACUAUAUUUUUUUUAUAAUACGAAAUGAGAUAUAUAGAAUGUAUUCUACAGGGGAAAGCUUUCUACGUCUCUCUUUUACAAAUUGAUAAUAAUCGUUAAAGAUUAAUAUUUAAUUAUGUACAUAAUAGAAUACAAAUUACAAAGCGUAAUUUUGCAAUCGAUAUACAACUUUACACAUUGUUAUUUUGUACAAAACAGUUUUGUAAAUAGACAAUGUUACUAUUCUGGCACUUACAUGUCUGUCAGGAUUCUGUAUCAAUUUUUACGAACAAACGGAAAGUGUACGAUACAACGAUAAAUAUAAGAAAUAAUAUUUAUAAGAAAA